AACUCUUUCUUUUCGCACCUAAAUAAGAUUAUAUCUGACUUUAUUUGGAAUAAGAAGCCACCCCGUAUCCGUAGGGAAGUUUUGCAGAGGCCAAAAUCAAUGGGUGGUAUGGCUUUACCACAUUUCCAAUUAUACUAUUGGGCAAGCAACCUUAGAGCUAUGGCAUAUUGGCUUAAAAACUACAUCGACAAUGAGACUCCUACCUGGGUUCAGAUAGAGACAACUGCCUGCUUGCCAUCGUCCCUCCCUGCUUUAUUGUAUUCUGCAAUGCCUUUCACUCCAAGCUAUGUUUCAAGUGCCCCCUUAGUACAUCAGUCUUUACGCAUAUGGGCUCAAGUGCGACGACACUUUGGUUGGCAGGCUGGCUCGCUCUGGGCCCCAAUUGCGUCUAAUCAUCGAUUUGCCCCUUCAUUUCAUAAUGACUAUUUCUCGGCCUGGCAAAAGAAGGGUAUUAUCUCAUUUAAAGAUAUGUACAUAACAGGUGUUUUUGCUUCAUUCGAACAGCUCAAAACUAAAUGUAAUCUUCGGAAUGUACAUUUCUUUAGUUAUUUACAGGUUAGGGACUGGGCACGUAACAAUACAGGAAUGUUCCCUACAAUCCCCGAACCUCAACCUAUGGAUAGUCUCUUUCCAGCAGACCCAGAGCUCAGGGGCACAAUAUCUGUUAUAUAUACAAAACUUUCUUCUGUGCAAUCAGAGUCUCUGGAUGCAUUGAGAGCGGCGUGGCAGGCUGAUCUGAAUGUACAAUUUACAGAUGUUGAGUGGUUGAAUGUUUUUUUAAGAAUACAUUCUUCAUCUAUAUGUGCCAGACAUGGCUUGAUCCAGUAUAAAGUGGCACACAGACUCCAUCUCUCUAAAGCCAGAAUCUCAAAAAUGUAUCCAUCAAGUGAUAGUUCAUGCAACAGAUGUAAAAAUUCACCUGCAACACUAGCUCAUAUGUUCUGGCUUUGCCCGAAACUUGUUAGUUACUGGUCCUCUAUUUUUGACGCUCUAUCCAAGAUACUUAAGAGACCAAUAGCUCCAAACCCUCUUGCAGCCAAGAGGAGACAUGAGAUCGAGUGCCAUGCAGCCGUAUAUCAUAAUGCAGUCAGGGCGGCGGUGAAUGGGGUUAGAUGCAACCUAUGCGACAGGAGCUUUAAGUCCAAGAGGGGUGUUUCCAUCCACAUGAGGUCAGCCCAUACAGCAGCGUAUGUGGCCCAGCAGGGGGCCAAGGCUGGAGGGCAAGGGCCCGAGGAAGAAGGAACGGUGUGUGGUCCGAGGAGGAGACAUGUCUUCUCCGGACACACAUCAGGGAAUGGGGCGAGAACCAGGGUUUCCUUCCUUCUCCUUCCAUGUGCGCUCAUCACGGAGUGCACAAAAGACAAAAUUCGUUAUAAGGUGCGUCAGUUGAAGAGGCUGGUGCAGGCCCCCAUUGUGCCCGACGUAGCCAAGGUGGUCAACAGACUCAUUCUGGAUUUGACGGAGGGAAGAGGGCGGAUUCCCAAAAGAACCCUGAGUGUCGUGCGUGCUAAAAUCCUUGAGGCGCUGGCCAAGGAUACAGGUCCUGGGAAGAGCAUAUGGGCCCACGUCCCUACCGAGGGCGAAUCCCUCUUUGCUCUGGUAGAUCUUGCUAAGGUGGCGCUCUUCAAGAAGGAAGGGGCGAUGGUAGCCCGCCUGGUUGUAGACGGCAGUCAUGACGGACUGUGUCCGGUCAGGGUUGACGCUGUGACCAGUGAUCGUCGUGAAGACGAGGAAACGCAUCAAGGCAUCUUCGGCUGCCGGGCCGAUGGCGUGGACAAGACUAGUUUGGUGAGAUGGGACCCGACAGGAGCGAAGCUGGCAAGAAUGUAUAAUGGGUUCUUGGUGAGAGGGGCCGUACCCGCCUCUCUAAAGCUGAACCGUACGACCCUGCUACCUAAAUCCAAAGACCCCACGGAGAGGAAGUCUAUUCUGAACUAG